UAAAUGAAAUAUGCCAAGAUUACUAAAAUGGUCUGAAGUAAUAGUCUGAGGAACAUUUUAACAUUCAAAUGAAGACAACUACGGAUCCAGUAUUAUUCAGUUCAAACUGGUCAGGUGUGAAUUUAUUAGUUACAAUACAAUUCCACACAUUCUCACUCUCUGAAGUUUAAUAAUGGUUUUAUUGCAACUCCUGCAUUGAAACAUGUAAACAAUCAAGACCCACAUGGCCAAUGCCAUAAAUGAGGAUUGCAACAUUGAUCUCAUUCAAGGAAAACAUUCUUUCGCCCCCAUUGAAGCAUCAAGCUUCAUUGAGGUUCAGAGAAUGUUGACUGCGAUUCCUGGAAAACAAACUGACUCCAUUUGUGGCACUGGCUCACUGACAGGUAAACAGGAGAUACUGGUUAAGGCACUAAGAACAACUAGAAAUGUGUUUACACCACCUCAAAUUUAUCUCUGCAUCCAAAAUUUACUGCACCAUAAAACCUACAUGGUCCGAGAGCAAAAAAAAUUUGACUUUGGAUAUAAUCCACACACACCAACUAAAAUCAAAUUGACCCUUUACAUAAACAAAAUAGCCAUGAUAGAGCUGCAAAUCUGGAGUCUGCCAUUGGAUUAAAGGUUCACCUUCAGUUUGUGUUGGUUAAGGCAGAAUAUAUAAUUUACCAAAUUACUAGUCCUAAAUUGCUGUAACGCUGCUUAUUUAGUAAGCCAUUUGAAAAGGUGUGUAGAACAGUCCAGUGUGCAAACUUGACCCAUAGGCUUAUAUGAUAUUAUUCAACAUGUGUAAAGUGCAUAACAUCUAUUGUGGCCAUGUGAAAUGCAACUUUUUUUUAUGGAUUAACUGAAAUGACAGCUAAACUGAACGACAGUGUAUUAUUUUCCUCAAUCUUUGUUCAGAGCAAGUAAUUUGCGCACAGAAAAUCCAGUAUUUUUCCAUCAAAUGACGUUUAGUGGCGUUGCGUCAUGUGACUUGCUAGGGGAAGGGGGAGUGUACAUGCGUGUGUUUCACGUCCUUAUGAACCAUAACAUGGCUAGUUUAUCAUGUUUUCGAGUUAUUCGAUGUGUUUACCUUCAGUUCAUACAUUACUGGCAUAUUGGAGUUAUGUUCGCGGUAGUUAAGUUUAUAGAGACCAUCACAAGCCAAUUGUAUCAGGCUCUGACCCAUGCCAUGCGUCUCAUACACAACCACUCCCCUUCGUGGCUUGUGGAAAAUUACCAGCUUACAAGCAGCACAAGUACAAGCUCCAACAUCCGCCACACGGACUCAAUGCCCCCGAUCUCCUUCAGCUCACCGACAAAUUAAUACUUAGGACAUGCAUACAAUUAGGCAGUAACUGUUGCGAAUAUGAAAAUAUUAUAAAAAUAUAAUAAAAAAAAAACUCACAGAGGAUUAAAGACGCGGGUAAAAAUACUCAACUCGACGAUAGAACUCAAAAGCCACGCUUUAUAUUAGAGUACAAUACAAGACAGUAAUAAUAUCACACAUUACAGAUCCGUUCUGCAAGCAGUUUGCCUUCUUUUUCUCUUAACGGGCGGAGAAGUCGCAUGGGCGCUCCAAAGAGUUGAGUUUGAUUGACGGACGCACCGUCCAACAGAUUACGACCAAGGACGCACUCAGCAACGCUGCAGCCAAUAGCCUGCUCCAAUGGGCGUGACGUUAAUCCAAACUUUUCGCGGCGCCAUCGGCUGAAAACUAAACCGAGAUGGAAUCUCCCAGUCUGAACCGGUUUCAACCGGUUACGAGUUUGUUGCCUAUGAGAAGAAGAGGCACAGGCUCAGAGUCUUAUACCGCCCUGGUGCAAAAUUUACUUCAGUACAGAGCACGGUUCUUGAUUAAGAUUAACUUUGUUCCGUAAAAUGAACCGGACUGAAAAAAUAGUUAACUCGCAGUGAUUGUUGGUGUGGAAUUCACAUCCUAGUGGUCCUCAUAUGAAGCAACUAGCUCGUAUAGUCUUCAUCACAGAGGAAUAGUGUGGCUAGCCAGUCAACGACUCAAAACCUCUCUUUUUACAUUUUGCCAGAAAUCGUGUACAAAUAGGCACCGACGAUACUGGAUCAAAUAAACAUAAUUAUAGCAACUGUGGCAGACAAGCCCACCUACUUUCUCUCAAAGGCUUGGACUUUAGAGCUCUAUGCCAGCAAUUAUGACAAUGUUGGCCGACCAUGCAGCCAGACAGCUGCUGGACUUUAACCAGAAACUGGAUAUCAACCUGCUGGAUAAUGUGGUCAACUGCCUGUACCAUGGGGUUGGGCCACAGCAAAGAAUGGCCCAGGAGGUGCUGACUCAUUUGAAGGAGCACCCAGAUGCAUGGACACGAGUUGACACCAUUCUGGAAUUCUCUCAGAAUAUGAACACCAAAUACUAUGCACUGCAGAUUCUGGAAACAGUUAUUAAAACAAGAUGGAAGAUUCUCCCCAGAAACCAGUGCGAAGGCAUUAAAAAGUAUGUUGUGGGCCUCAUUAUCAAGACGUCAUCAGAUGCAGCAAAUGUUGAGAAAGAGAAGGUGUACAUUGGAAAACUCAACAUGAUAUUAGUACAGAUCCUGAAGCAGGAGUGGCCGAAACACUGGCCCACAUUUAUCAGUGACAUUGUUGGAGCGAGCCGCACCAGUGAGAGCCUUUGCCAGAACAACAUGAUAAUUCUGAAGCUGCUCAGUGAGGAGGUUUUUGACUUCUCCAGUGGUCAGAUGACACAGGUGAAAGCCAAACACCUGAAGGACAGCAUGUGCAAUGAGUUCUCUCAAAUAUUCCAACUGUGCCAGUUUGUGAUGGAAAAUUCACAGAAUGCCCCUCUGGUGCAUGCAACUUUAGAGACUCUGCUAAGGUUUCUCAACUGGAUUCCAUUGGGCUACAUUUUUGAAACGAAACUAAUCAGUACUCUGGUGUACAAGUUCUUAAACGUGCCGAUGUUCCGCAACGUGACACUGAAGUGUUUGACUGAGAUCGCAGGAGUCAGCGUCAGCCAGUACGAGGAGCAGUUUGUUAGUCUCUUCACUCUGACCAUGAUGCAGCUCAAACAGAUGCUUCCCCUGAACACCAACAUCCGGCUGGCAUAUGCGAAUGGUAAAGAUGAUGAGCAAAACUUCAUUCAGAACCUCAGCCUGUUCCUCUGCACCUUCCUUAAAGAGCACGGACAGCUGAUAGAAAAGAGACUGAACCUCAGAGAGACUCUUAUGGAGGCUCUGCAUUACAUGUUGCUGGUGUCUGAGGUGGAGGAAACGGAGAUCUUUAAAAUCUGUUUGGAGUACUGGAACCAUCUUGCAGCUGAGCUCUACAGAGAGAGUCCCUUCUCCACCUCCACAUCUCCUCUCCUUUCAGGGAGCCAACACUUCGAUGUACCACCCCGCAGACAACUUUAUCUGCCUGUGCUGUCUAAGGUGCGCUUGCUGAUGGUGAGCCGCAUGGCCAAGCCAGAGGAAGUUCUGGUGGUGGAAAACGAUCAGGGUGAGGUGGUUAGAGAAUUUAUGAAGGACACAGACUCCAUCAACCUCUACAAGAACAUGAGGGAGACGCUUGUCUAUCUGACCCAUCUGGACUAUGCUGAUACAGAGCGCAUUAUGACAGAGAAGCUUCAUAAUCAAGUGAAUGGCACUGAGUGGUCCUGGAAAAACCUCAACACGCUGUGUUGGGCCAUUGGAUCCAUCAGUGGAGCCAUGCAUGAGGAGGAUGAGAAGAGGUUCCUUGUCACAGUCAUUAAGGAUCUGCUGGGCCUAUGCGAGCAGAAGAGAGGCAAGGACAACAAGGCCAUUAUUGCCUCCAACAUCAUGUACAUAGUGGGCCAGUACCCACGUUUCCUACGUGCACACUGGAAAUUCCUGAAGACUGUCGUCAACAAAUUGUUUGAGUUCAUGCACGAGACCCAUGAUGGAGUGCAGGACAUGGCAUGUGACACAUUCAUUAAAAUAGCUCAGAAGUGCAGGAGGCAUUUUGUGCAGGUGCAGGUGGGAGAGGUGAUGCCCUUCAUUGAUGAGAUUCUCAACAACAUCAACACCAUCAUCUGUGACCUACAGCCCCAGCAGGUUCAUACAUUUUAUGAAGCUGUCGGCUAUAUGAUUGGAGCACAAACUGACCAGGCUGUGCAGGAGCACCUUAUAGAGAAGUACAUGUUGUUACCUAAUCAGGUGUGGGAUAGCAUCAUUCAGCAGGCGACCAAGAAUGUGGACAUCCUGAAGGACCCAGAGACUGUGAAGCAGUUGGGCAGCAUUCUGAAGACCAAUGUCAGAGCGUGUAAAGCUGUGGGUCACCCUUUUGUUAUUCAGCUGGGCCGAAUCUAUCUGGACAUGCUCAAUGUAUACAAGUGCCUAAGUGAAAACAUCUCUGCUGCCAUCCAGACCAAUGGUGAGAUGGUGACAAAGCAGCCUCUGAUCAGGAGCAUGCGCACUGUAAAGAGAGAGACGCUGAAGCUAAUCUCAGGAUGGGUCAGUCGCUCCAAUGACCCACAGAUGGUGGGGGAAAACUUUGUUCCUCCGCUGUUGGAUGCUGUGCUCAUAGAUUAUCAGCGCAAUGUCCCAGCAGCAAGAGAACCGGAAGUGCUCAGUACCAUGGCAACAAUCGUAAACAAACUGGGUGGACACAUUACUGGAGAGAUCCCACAGAUAUUUGAUGCAGUGUUUGAGUGCACAUUAAAUAUGAUCAACAAAGAUUUUGAAGAGUACCCGGAGCACCGGACACAUUUCUUCUAUCUGCUGCAGGCAGUGAACUCUCACUGUUUCCCAGCAUUCCUGGCCAUCCCACCAGCACAGUUUAAACUUGUGCUUGACUCAAUUAUAUGGGCCUUUAAACACACUAUGAGAAAUGUGGCAGACACUGGCCUCCAGAUUCUGUACACGCUGCUGCAGAACGUGGCCCAGGAAGAGGCAGCAGCGCAGAGCUUCUAUCAGACAUACUUCUGUGACAUUCUUCAGCACAUCUUCUCCGUCGUUACGGAUACAUCACACACAGCUGGUUUGACUAUGCAUGCUUCUAUCCUGGCAUACAUGUUUAACCUUGUUGAGGAAGGAAAAAUCAGCACAACUCUGAACCCAUCAAAUCCAGUCAGCAACCAGGUGUUCAUCCAGGAGUUUGUGGCCAACUUGCUAAAAUCAGCUUUCCCACACUUACAGGAUGCCCAGGUGAAAGUGUUUGUGACUGGCCUGUUCAGUUUAAACCAAGACAUCCCAGCAUUCAAAGAACACUUAAGGGAUUUCCUUGUGCAGAUCAAGGAAUUUGCAGGUGAGGACACCACUGAUCUGUUUCUGGAGGAGAGGGAGGCCUCACUGCGUCAGGCCCAGGAGGAGAAACACAAACUGCAGAUGUCUGUGCCUGGCAUCCUCAACCCUCACGAAAUACCUGAGGAGAUGUGUGACUGAGUUCACAUAAGAACACACGCGCACACAACACACUGCGAUGACUCCUAAACAUACUAAACACACAACCAAAGCAGUGUUGAGGCUGCUCUUCUUUGGGCCAUCUGUGUGUAUGUGUACAUGUGUGUGAGUGCUUUAGGCUCUUCCUGUAAGGUGAUUCCUGCACUUGGCUGUCUCUUGACCAAAACAGUGCCAAUCUGUACAUGAUACUGUCACCCAGUGGCUCUGUUUGCAUAGUACGUGUUUCAUGAAGACACUUUUAUGUAUUACCUUUCCAUUGUUAACAGCUUAUGUUUGGUCAACGGCGCAUGAAAUCACAUCUGUACAGUUAACUUUUGCUUACGCGCUCGUUUUCCUUCAGCCUCUCCUCUAAUUUCCAUCAGUCUUCUCCUGUCCUCUCUUUACACACAUCAUGUAUUUGUUAAUGUAUAUGAUAUAUAAAGACCAGAGUGCAGUUUGUUGUGUUUGCAGAGAGCUGUGUGUGUUCUGGCAGUGGGCAAAUGUACCUAGUUUCAGUGUGUGCGCCAGAUUGCAGCCAUUGAGCAGCACACCUGUGCCAGCCAAUGAGAAUGUUGAUGAACGUCAGUGAUUGUAGAGGUCGCAGAGUUGCUGUGUUUCUCACUGGCUUAAGUUUUGGGGCCCCUGUGUGUGUGUGUGAAGAGCCGAGAGUCAUUUGAGACUAAAGUAGCUCUAUACUUCCUGCAGAGAGCAGCAGAAUGUGAACUAGCACAGAUCACUGAGUGAAUAGACUGAUCGAUACUGCUGUGGUUGUGAGUGCCGUUUGGGACCUGCAACUUUAUAGAGUGGAAGCUCUCUUAAUUGCUUUUCUACAUGAGAGUGUUCAGAAGCCCUCUAUAUGUUCAUAUCGACAUAAUUGUACAGCAUCUUUACUACCCUGGGAACACAUGGAUGGUUCGUCCUGUUUCGUUGUGGGUGUGCGAGCGUGCGUGUGUGUUGUCGCUAAGCCGACAUCAGGUUUUUUGUUUUCCUCAAUGAGGAUGGUUGCUCCUUUUGUGAGCUUUCAUUAAACUGAAGUUUAAAAAAAGUGGUUGAAAUAUUUAUGGGUUCUUUUAGGCUACACCUUUAUAACUGCUCAUGUUAACUCGCUCAGAGAUGGCUUUGGAGUUUUUUUAAUUGUACUAAUUUACAUUGUUUGCCAUGCUGUAGUGCAACAGGACACUACCCAGAGCAAAAAUAAAUAUCAGUUUACAUUUAAUUUUGUAUUUUUGCAUUUUUCAUUUGUAACUUUUUGAGUCUUGUCCAAAUAAGGCAAAAGGGUUUUAUUCAGAGAAAACAGAAAUGCCAACAUUCUCAUUAGGACAAGAAUGUACCAAUCUAAAUACUGAUGAUCAAUGGUUUAUUCCCCUUUACUAUGUGUUGCAUUUGUUGUGAAUUUUUUUGAACUGAUUAAAG